UGCUGUGCUGCAAACCUUUUCGACACACAUUCGCUGUGUACCAGCAAGCUUGCAUUGGUGUGCCACUACCACCUCCACCGAUUUUAAAAAGCCAUUACACUUUCCUACACUUCACACCACCUCACUCAGCAGGUCCAGCUCAUAGUCCCAGACACCCAGGCACCCAGCCACCAGUGCGCAGCGCAGCGGAGCAGAGCAGAGCGCAGCCGGCCACCGGGUCAGGGUCAGCCAUGAGCAAGGGGGAGAAGCACCACCGGCACGAGCACCACCUGCGCCGCUGCUGCGGGUGCCUGGCCUCCUGCCUGCUGGCGCUGGUCCUGGUGGUGGCCUUCGUCGCGCUGGUCGUCUACCUGGCGCUGCGCCCCUCCAAGCCGUCCUUCUACCUGCAGGACCUGCAGCUCCGACGGCCCAUCACCGUCGGCGACCCCUCCCUCUCGGCGUCCGCGCAGGUCACGCUCGCCUCCCGCAACCCCAACGGCCGCGUCGGCGUCCACUACAAGCGCCUCGACGUCUUCGUCACCUACCGCGACCAGCCCAUCACGGCGCCCGUCUCCCUCCCGCCGCAGUACCAGGGCCACCGCGACGUCACCGUCUGGUCCCCCGUGCUGGCGGCCGAGGCCGUGCCCGUGGCGGCCUACGUCGCCGACGCCAUGAAGCAGGACGUCGCCGCCGGGUUCGUCGCGCUGCAGGUCAAGGUCGACGGCCGGAUCAAGUGGAAGGUCGGGAGCUGGGUCUCAGGGAGCUACCACCUCUUCGUCAGCUGCCCCGCCAUGCUCUCCGCCGCCGGCGGCUUCGGAUCAGGCUCCAACUUCACCUUGUCGGCGCUCAAGUUCGCGCAGCCCACGGGAUGCAGCGUCGAGGUGUAGGAUGCGCCGGUCUCGGCCAGCCGGCCGGUGAAUAUAUAUGUAUGUAGCGCCCGGGUACACUGUCAACGUGGUGCUCUGUUGAUUUUCUCCGUGUUAAUUACAUCGCUAAUUAAGCUGUUAAUUUUUGUUAAUGUCCCAUAUUCGGAUCAUGUGGGGGAAUAAUAAAUGUAUGUUAUUAUAUAUGAUUUGUUUCUGUAAUUUAUAUAUCAUCAUAAAAUUAGACUCUAGUUUA